AUGCAAUCCGCUAGGUCCGGGCGAAAACGCUGCAGCUAUGUCAGCCCGGACACGACAACCAGAAAGCGCGCAAGAAAGACCUCAGGUGGCAUCCUCAGCACAGAACAUGGCACAGCGACAACCGCGGUCGAAGACAUCAACGCCAAGGUGACGCCUCACAGACUAUGCACCGUGUGUACGGCAACUAUCUCCAAGUCCCACCUCCUCAAUGGCCGCAUGCGCGAGAUCAAGAUGACACUCAAUUCAUGGGGGUGCACCGAGAGGUGGGAGCAGUUCGCCCAUCAGCCCUCUCUCGAAGCUUUGAAAUCCUCGGCCAGGGACGGAUGCCAUCUAUGCUCUCUCCUCUGCACAAUAGUCAAUGAGAAAUCCAUCGACCAGGUCAUCGAGGAUGAGAAAAAGGAGGCCGCCAACGAUGUUCCCAACCCACUAGAAGGCUAUGGUCCCCACCCCUUGACCGCACUUAACACAGCGCCUCACGUCCGUCAGGAGAGAAAGCGGCAGCUGCAGCGUCGUAUGGAGCAGCUGGAUCAAAUAAAAGACGACCUGUCUGCCAAGAUUGCGGGGGUUGUUUUGCAAUUCCGCUGGGGCUGUAAUGAGUGGGAUGAAAGGGUCGAGGCAAAAUGGGGUUCAUAUGUGUCGAUCAACCUAGAGUUGGAUUGGCACCUGAACUAUCCAAUGGAGACGAAUGGCCGAAGGUCCUUGUCCAUCUACCGCACUGAGUACGUACGAUCACAGGGUGAAAAGUGGGAAUCAAAUCGAGACGAUCCCAUCGAUGUCGUUCAUGACGCCCAGAUAAGCGCGUCCACCGGCUCGGACGCUUCGCUCAAUCUGGCGAAUCGCUGGCUGGCCAAGUGCAAAAAGGAGCACGCUGUUUGUCGAAAGGCUGUCCGGUCGGCCAGCAAGUUUCCCACGCGGCUUUUGGACCUGGGGUCUGGAAAGGACCAGACCAUUCGGCUACGUGAGGGCCUCGGGAGAAAAGAAUUCGUGUCUCUCACUCACCGCUGGGGCAACACACAGCCAUUACGCCUCCUCCAAGGCAACGUCGAGACUUUCAAGACAGAAAUCAAGCCAGAGGAUCUCCCAAAAACGUUCCGAGAUGCAGUCACGAUCACGCGGAAGCUCAGGUACCGAUACCUCUGGAUCGACUCACUCUGCAUCAUUCAAGACUCCAAGGAGGAUUGGAUGACGGAAUCGGCCAUCAUGGGGCAUAUAUACCGGUGCUCAGCGCUGAAUAUCUCUGCUGGUGGCGCCGAAGAUAGCAGCUCGGGGUGCUUCGUUACGCGAGAGCCCUUGCAACACAGAGCGUGUAUCCUGACGGGCGAUGCCACUGCCGGCCUAUGCGUCCCGCGAUGCUGCCCGAGCGAAUGGCGCAACCACGACGGCUCCAGCACCAUCUCCCGCGGCUGGGUAUUUCAGGAGCGCAUGCUCGCACCACGCACCCUUCACUACAGCCGCAAGACUAUCUCCUGGGAGUGUAUCUGCCUCGACGCAACCGAAGGCUGGCCAGAAGGUGAUACGUGGGACUGGGAACGGGACAGACGAUACCGCCGACCGAAGGAGAUCUUCCAAACCCUCUGCGACUUCCAGCGCCCAGCCGAGAACCCUACAUUCCCUCUCGCCAACAAGGACAUGGAAGCCUUCUACCACGCUUGGGCCGAGCUCGUCAACAACUACUCGAACAAGAAGUUGACGCAGGGCAGCGACAAGCUCGUCGCGCUGCAUGGCGUAAUGAGCCUCAUCGCCGAGUCGACUGGGCUGCGUCAGGCUGCGGGCAUGUGGCUCGAUUACCUCCAUCUCGACCUGAUGUGGAGCACAUGGAACCAGGCCGAGAAGCGGCCCGAAUUCUACGACCCGACUAAAUACCGCGCUCCAAGCUGGAGCUGGGCUUGCGUCGACUCGGGCGUGCGGCUCGAAUGUCGCGACCUGCACCGCGGCAAAAACGAGAACAUUCUCGGCUUGUCCAUGUGGAUGUCGUACACGCUUACCCAGCAGUUCCGGGUCGCAGGGGUAGUCGUCUCGGCACGGCCCAACGGGCUGGCUUCAUACGGUCACCUUGCCAUUGAAGGGCGUGUGAGAAAGAUGGAAUGGAACGAGAACUCAGGCGUCGAGGGCUUCAAGCACAAUAGGCAGGCCCGGAGCGUGUCGGACCAAUGGUCGCCCGACUUUUUGCGUGCCACAUCGCUCGAGAACUGGGGCCUACUGCUCCUGACGGGGACCGGGCCGUCGAAUGUGAAGGAUGCACGGGUCGAUGUCAUUAUAGCUUUGGACAGGGUCGAGGUUGAGGGUGACAAAGAGUGGGUGUUUAGGAGGGCGGGCUAUGUUGAGCAGCACUACUGGGAGGGGGAUACAUAUCCUAUUUUUCAGGAUAGCAGGGACGAGGUAAAUGAGCGGAUUUAUCUUAUUUAA